CGUCAGCUGGCCCUUGUAAACAUUGGCGGAGGAGGCCAGAAGGGGCUCAUUUUCUCAUUUUCGGGCUUUUUUCUCAAGUUGGCGCCUCCGGUGACGCCUUUUCGGCCAAAAUGAUGAUGGAACAAGUGUUGGAGAAGAAGCUUAAUGUUACGAGACAGUUAGAAAAGGAAACAAGUCAAGUCGUCACGCUGAAGGACAUCCUGUCGCGUUCAGGACAAGUUGCUACCAAUGUGAGUGGGAUCCUGGACUCCUUUGAGCACCGGCUGGCGCGCCUCGAGACAACCAUCCUCCCUCUCUACCAGCAGACAGGGAAUCUCCAGAGACGGCAGAGAAACACUGAGAAAACCCUACAGGAGCUCGACUACGUGAUCAGCUUCUACAAUGUGGCGGGGCAAGUGGAAGGGACGGUGCGCGAGAGGCCGAGCAGUGUGGGCGUCCCGCAGUACCUCGAGGCCAUGAACCGCUUGGCUGAGGCUUGCCGCUACUUCGAGCAGAACAACCCACAGAGUGUCGAAAUUGAGAAUGUGACAACGCUCUUUGAAGCCGGUACAGAUGCCCUCAGCAAGGAAUUCCGUGACGAGCUCAAGAAGUACCAGAAGCCAGUGCCUCCCGUUGUGACGCUUGAGCUCCUGGACGAGGAAGAACUAAGUGAAGACACCAUCAGUGGGGUGGAGCUCGUACCUCCAGGGGUGCGAGAGGACCUGAGGGCCAUUGCCACCUGGCUCGACAAGCACAGCAACACGGACAGGCUCACUGUCUACGCCAAGCUGCGCUCCAAUGCCCUGUCACAGAGUCUGCAGGCGCUGCGCGACCACCAACGAGCGAGCAGCAUCGAGAGGGGAGGCACGCCGGGCUCCCUCAACUCCCCCGGCCCCAUCCGCGCCAGGGUCGGCAAGAUCGACACCACUCCCAAGAGCCGCACACAGAAAAUUUCCAACAGGGCCAAUCGCAUGCUCCACGAGGCCAUCAAAGGUCAACUCCGUUCGCGCAGACAAGGUUCUCCCGGACAUACCUCGUACUCCCUGCAUGGCACCCUCACCCCCCCGCAUGCAACGACACCGGGAGCAGCUGGUGAAGACUGCCUCGAAGACAGCGAUGUUGAGAUAUACCUGAACCAGGUAACUGCCCUUCACCGCCUGGCCUUUGCGGAGCUCCUGUUGGCCCAGCAGCUCGUCCCGGCAGAUAGAGUCACGCGAACCUUUGAGCUGAUCCUGCGUGACCCCAUGGACCAGCUGGUGGCUGAGGGAGAGAGCUUGGCAGGUCAAGCCCGCAGGAGUGUUGGCAGAGGUGACCACCAAGCUGUGCUGUCGGUCUUGGCAAUGCUGCGGCAUGUAACGAGCAUGCAACCUGAAUACGACCGGCUCCUCACCAACUGCCAGACAUCAAUUCGCUCCAAGUUUGCUGCCAUUAUCAGCAUGCUCCAGGAGACGUGUGUCAAGGCUCUGGAGGGCUUUGUGGAGAGCGUCAAGAGCGAUGGAGAACGCGCCCUGCCCAAAGAUGGAACAGUUCAUGAGGUCACAAGCAAUGCGCUCAUCUUCACAGAGCAGCUCCUGGAAUACGCAUCAACCUUGUCCCCAAUGCUGCAGCGCGAUCAAAGCCUCAGUGCCGCUCUUGCAAACCUGCCCAGGGGCCUGGACCAGAAUCUACUGGCGAAGGCACUGCUUGGGGCUUAUAUCAAGCGCGUUCUCGUGAACCUAGGUCUCGCUCUCGUCAGCCGGAGCGAGUCCUAUAGCGACACGACCCUGCGCUCCAUCUUCCGCCUCAACAACUACCACUACAUCCUCAAGACGUUGCAGAACUCCGAGCUGUUGAACCUUGUUGCCUUGGUUGAACCCCAGUGCGAUAAGAUGUACAAUGACCAGAUCAUGGAGCAGAAGAAGUUGUACUCACAGAGUUGGAGUAAAGUACUACACUACCUGAAUCAUGAGGAUGUCCCCAUAUCUGUAAUACAAGCUGGGAAGCUGCGAGACAAAGACAGACAACUUAUCAAGGACAAGUUUUCGGGUUUCAACAAGGAGAUGGAGGAGAUGUGCAGAGUACAGCGGAGUUACUCCAUCCCGGACCGAGAACUGUGCGUCAGCCUCAAGAGAGACAACAUGGAAUACAUUCUGCCGAAGUACCAGGUCUUCUACGAUAAGUAUGUCAACGUAGCCUUUACCAAGAAUACAGAGAAAUAUGUUAAGUACAGCCCAGCAGACGUGUCGACCAUGAUUGACAAGUUCUUUGACGUGGCUGCGUAAGGGAGGUCUUGCCAGCGUGAUCUUCCAGUCAUAUUUUCUUCUUGACAGGAGGAUGAAAGUGCUGCAUUCUGUGAUAAUGUUAUAGAAUCCUCAAGGUCUAUUUCCUUACAAGCAGUGUUUUAGGGUAAUAUCAGGGUCCUUUUAUAAUAUUAAUUUAAUUUUUUUUUUUUCAUGUUUGUAUUUAUUUAAUUUUCUGUCUUGUACUAAUAUUGGGUGCCCCACAAAAGGAAGCAGUUCAAGAUACCAAGCUAGUUUAUUUGAAUGACCAUGUUUCUCUCUUUAAAUAAACUGAUGUGGUUUAUUUUAUUUAUUACAAUAUACAGUAUCAUCUUAGGACUGAUAUCAAAGGAACAUUUUACAUUCAGAAGGUCCUGUAUGUGACGUAUGACCGUCAUUCACAUAUAAAGUGUUCUUAUAAUGGCCUCAGAUAAUAGAAAUUUGAAGAUACAUUUUCUUGUAUACCCCACUUACACCCAGCAUACAGACUUAACCCUUUGUGUGUGGGACAUCAACUGUCCGCUUUUGAUUUUAUUGCACACGGACGAUUCAACAAGUGCUCAGCUGCCAAGGAGUCAGUUAGUAAGCCCAAGAUGACCUCACUCUAUUUCCCCAUUCCGUGAAUGUUUUUCUAAUGUUAUUAAAAUUGAUACUGCUAUUGUGAAAUGCUGCUAUUAAUGAAUAUUAUAAUAUUUUUAAAAGAAUAUUAGCAAUGAGAAAUAAAAAUUAGCAUUUCCAAAAAUCAAGGGAAAGGGUAAAUGGGUGAGAUAGGUUAGCCUAGUAAUUGACUCUUUUGCGAUUGAAUACUUGUGGAGUCACCUAUAUGUAAAUCAGUCAGAAACUAAAAUCACACUGAAUUUGGCUUGUAUGACAUGUUAUCCCAGCCCUAAGGGUUAGUCAUGCAGUUGCUCAGCCUCACAUAGUUUGGAAGAAUUUAAUAUAACUGAAUUAAGAACAUAUGAGGUUAUCUAAGUAUAAUUUUCCAUAAAUCCAGCAGUAUAACAUUCAUUUGAGAGUAGGAAGCAGUCAACACAAGAUAGCUGUGAAUCAAUUAAUGUUUUAGAGAGGCCACAAGGUGCAUUAUUUAGGACUUAGCUUCAAUUCCCAGAAGUAGAGGUUAAAUGUAAAUGACUUUGUUAUAUUCCCAAUUCAAUCUGUCAAUCAUCUUCAGUUGUAGCCAGAGAAAGAAUGCAUUUAUAGAAAGAUAUGUAAUUGAAAGCUUAAAGAUAAGCCUUCUUCUUUGUUUUUCCUUUUGCAUUCUAUGUUUAAAACUAUCCUCAUUUCUUUGGAUGAUGUGGUUCAUGAUUUUAGGUAAAGGAUAUAAAGUGCUUUCUCUCCGUGGAGUUUAGGUGACAAAAUUAUUAUACUGAAUCAUUAUAUAUAUAUAUAUAUAUAUAUAUAUAUAUAUAU